CCGAUACCUUUUAAUAAACAUACUACAGCUUGCAGACAUCUUGCUUUCGUGUUUUCUUUCUUUUUUUUUUACAUAGAUAUUCACUUGGCUUAAAGUUCCUAUAGAGGGUGCACCUGCUGAAAAUGGUACUCAUCAGAAUUCUCUAGGCAGGAAGUUAAGUUCCCUAGGAUUUAAGUGCACUCCAAAAUUGGAAUUGGGGAUCAGCUGUUUUCUACUUCAUUCUUGGAUCUUCGCAUUCGCUGUAUUCCGUUCUGGUGAUCAUCAGCAUCAUCAGGGUACGGCAAUGGCGGCAAAUAAGAGUGUAACUGUCCUGGUACCUAAUGGACGUCGACAAAAUGUCAAAGUCACGGCAAAUACAACCAUUUUACAGGUCCUUGAGGAAGUCUGUCAGAAGCAUGGUUAUAAUCCUCAGGAAUAUGAUGUCAAGCAUUACAACAAGGUCUUGGAUGUCAAUUCCAUAUUCCGCUUCACUGGUUUACCAAAUAAUGCUCAAUUAGAAUUGACAGCUUGUACAAAACCAAGACAGGAGUCCAAUGUUACUAUUGGUAUACAGUUGGAAAGUGGAGAGCGUCUGAUGGGAGACUUUCCUCCUAGGACGCCAUUGAAUCAAAUUCUGAUGAAAUUAUGUCCUAACGAAUCAUUUUCUACUGCAAUUCUAAUUUAUAUGCAUCGUGAGAUCUAUGGGCAAGAGGAUCUAGAAUCAACUACCCUCAAGUCACUAGGACUUUGCAGUGGCAGGGCAAUACUGAGAUUAAUUCAUCGCGAUCCGUCUCAGUUGAAAACACAAGCCCACGUUUAUGUGCCUUCAACUCCAAAGCCUUCCAAAGAGGAUAAUUCUUCUGAGGAUGAGACACGUUCAAGGCCAUCCUCAUCUUCGCUCAUAGACCCUCACAAAUCAUUAGAUCCUAUUACGUUACUAAGAGCACAAAAAGCAAAAUUACAGUCACUGGAUAGUUCCAAAGACAAUAAAGAAAAUCAACGAGAAUUAAUAGAGAAUACAAAUUCAUUAAAAUCACAAAAGGAUGCAGAAGUUUCUGACAAGGAAUCUUCAACAAAGUCAACAGAAUGCAUAAAACCAAAUGAAUUAAGUAUUUCACCUACAGAGGAACCAACAGUAACAUUUUUGGGCGAGAGAAACGCUUUGCUCUUUAACCAAGCAGGAGCUGAAGCUCUACCUCGUGAGGAACUUCCAGAUAAUUUCUUUGAAUUGACAGUUCAUGAUGCAAAAGCACUUUUGCGGGAUAUUAAAAAAAGAAGAGAGGAGCUUGAAGAAGCUCCAUUGCAGACUGUGUCACAGCGUGAACUAGAUCACAAUAAACGGACAUUACAACAACUACAUAAAUAUCGUCGAACAGUGAUUAGGAUACAAUUUCCAGAUCAAAUGGUACUGCAGGGUCUAUUUGGACCACUCGAAACGAUUCAGACUAUCAAAGAUUUUGUGAAAAAUUAUUUGGCAAACCCUGACGUCGACUUUAUCCUAUAUACGACUCCGCCAAAACAUAUACUUAAUUCAGAAAAACGUUUGAUUGAUGAGGAACUCGUUCCAUCAGCCAUUCUUCACUAUUCUGGAGAUUCAGAUCUUAAAUCAGAAAUAAAAACAAAGCUGACAGAUCCUCGAGCUGCUGGACUUCAAGCUGUCAAAUCAAGAAUGGUCAUGACACGAGAGGAUCCAGGAACUUCAAACAUGGAAAGCAUAGAAAAUAUGGAAGUUGUUGAGACUACAGAGGCUAUAGCAGUAACUAAUCAGGAGGACCUAGUGGUAGCUGGACCAAGUAGAAAUUCAUCCGUGACUGAAAAUCAAGAAUCAAGUAAAUCAGGAAAGAGUCAAGUACCAAAAUGGUUCAAACCAUUCAAAUGACAAGGUUCAGAGUAUGGAAACGUGUAUAAAAAAGAUCGUGAGUGCAAACCACAACGUUUACUAGUUUAUUAAAUUUGUAUAUCAUUGUGCAUUUAAUGAACAAAAAAUUAUAAAAAAUAUAAAGCACGUGGAAUCGCGUAUUUGAACGAGUCUUUUGAUGCGUAUCAAUUACAUUUAUAC